GCGGGAGACGCCGCUGCUGGCCCGGAUUUCUCUGUUCACCUCCAAGAACUUGGAAGGCAAAAGCCCCGACGGCCCCAUGCUGAGUAAAGCCGAGUUUGUGGAGAAGGUUCGCCGGAGCAACCAGGCUUGCCACGAGGGCGACUUCCACGGGGCCAUCGUGCUCUAUGGCGAGGCCCUGGCUGUCGACCCACAAAACUGCAUCCUGUACAGCAACCGCUCCGCAGUGUACAUCAAGACCCAGCAGUAUGAGAAAGCCCUGGACGAUGCCAUCCAAGCCCGUCUGCUGAAUCCCAAGUGGCCCAAGGCCUACUUCCGCCAGGGCGUUGCCCUCCAGUACCUCGGGCGCCAUGCCGAUGCUCUGGCUGCCUUUGCUUCUGGGCUGGCGCAAGACCCCAAGAGUCUGCAGCUGUUGGUGGGGAUGGUGGAAGCCGCCAUGAAGUCUCCCAUGCGAGAGUCUCUCGAGCCGACGUACCAGCAGCUGCAGAAAAUGAAGCUGGACAAGAGUCCCUUCGUGGUGGUCUCGGUGGUUGGCCAGGAGCUCCUGACGGCCGGCCAUCACGGGGCCUCGGUGGUGGUCCUGGAAGCAGCCCUGAAGAUUGGCACCUGCAGCCUCAAGCUGAGGGGCUCCGUCUUCUCCGCCUUGAGCAGCGCCUACUGGUCCCUGGGCAACUCAGAGAAGAGCGCUGGCUACAUGCAGCAGGACUUGGACGUCGCCAAGACUUUAGGUGACCAGAUGGGGGAAUGCCGAGCUCACGGCAAUUUGGGCUCUGCAUUCUUCUCCAAAGGAAACUACCGGGAGGCCUUGACGAACCACAGACAUCAGCUGAUGCUUGCUAUGAAACUCAAGGACAGGGAGGCGGCCUCCUCGGCACUCAGCAGCCUGGGCCAUGUCUACACGGCCAUUGGCGACUACCCCAACGCGCUGGCGAGCCACAAGCAGUGCGUUCUCCUGGCCAAGCAAGGCAAGGACGAGCUCUCGGAGGCCCGGGAGCUGGGCAACAUGGGGGCGGUCUACAUCGCCAUGGGGGACUUUGAGAACGCAGUGCAGUGCCACGAGCAGCAUCUGGGCAUUGCCAAGGCCCUGGGGAACCAGCGGGAGGAGGCCCGGGCCUACUCCAACCUGGGCAGCGCCUACCACUACCACCGCAACUUCGACAAGGCCAUGUCUUACCACAACCACGUCCUGGAGCUGGCCCAGGAACUGGAGGAGAAGGCCAUUGAGAUGCGGGCCUACGCCGGCCUGGGCCACGCGGCCCGCUGCAUGCAGGACCUGGAGCGGGCCAAGCAGUACCACGAGGAGCAGCUGAGCAUCGCCGAGAGCCUGCAGGAUCGGGCCGCUGAGGGCCGGGCCUCUUCCAACCUCGGGAUCAUCCACCAGAUGAAGGGAGACUACGAGACGGCUCUGAAGCUGCACAAAUCCCACCUCUCCAUCGCGCAAGAGCUGAACGAUUACGCGGCCCAGGGCCGGGCGUACGGCAACAUGGGCAACGCCUACAACGCCCUGGGCCUCUUCGACCAGGCCGUCAAGUACCACCGGCAGGAGCUGCAGAUCUCCAUGGAGGUGAACGACCGGGCCUCGCAGGCCUCCACCCACGGCAACUUGGCCGUGGCCUACCAAGCCCUCGGCGCCCAUGACCGGGCCCUCCAGCACUACCAGAACCACCUCAACAUUGCCCGGGAGCUUCGGGACAUCCAGAGCGAGGCUCGCGCCUUGAGCAACCUGGGCAGCUUCCACUGUUCGCGGGGGGAAUUUGCCCAGGCGGCCCCCUACUAUGAGCUGUACCUGCAGCUCUCUCCAGAGCUCCAGGACAUGGAGGGGGAAGGCAAGGUCUGCCACAACCUGGGCUACGCCCACUACUGCCUGGGCAACUACGAGGAGGCCGUGAAGUACUACGAGCAGGACCUGGCUUUGGCCAAGGACCUCCACGACAAGCUGAGCCAGGCCAAGGCCUACUGCAAUCUCGGCCUGGCCUUCAAGGCUCUGGGCAACAUCGGCAAAGCCGAGGAGUGCCAGAAGUACCUCCUGUCGCUCGCCCAGGCGCUCGGCAACCCUCAGGCCAAGUUCCGGGCCCUGGGCAACCUGGGCGACCUCUCCAUCUGCAGGAAGGACGUGGGCGGGGCCAUCAAGUUCUACGAGCAGCAGCUGAGCCUGGCCCACCAAGCUGCUGACCGGAAGCUGGAGGCCAGUGCCUACGCGGCCCUGGGCUCGGCCUACCGCCUGGUGCAGAAGUACGACAAGGCCCUGGGCUACCACACGCAGGAGCUGGAGGUCUACCAGGAGCUGGGCGAGGCGCCGGGAGAGUGCCGGGCCCACGGGCACCUGGCCGCCGUCUACAUGGCCCUGGGGAAGUACACCAUGGCCUUGAAGUGUUACGAGGAGCAGCUGGAGCUGGGCCAGAAGCUGAAGGACCCCGGGAUCGAGGCCCAAGUGUACGGGAACAUGGGGAUCACCAAGAUGAACAUGAGUGCCAUGGAGGAGGCCAUCGGCUACUUCGAGCAGCAGCUGGCCACCCUGCAGCAGCUGAGUGGCAGUGAGGCCGUGCUCGACCGAGGCCGGGCCUUUGGCAACCUGGGCGACUGCUACGAGGCCCUGGGGGACUACGAGGAAGCCAUCAAGUACUACGAGCAGUACCUGUCGGUGGCGCAGAGCCUGAACCGCAUGCAGGACCAGGUCAAGGCCUACCGAGGCCUGGGCAACGGGCACAGGGCCAUGGGGAGCCUGCAACAGGCCCUUGUCUGCUUUGAGAAGAGGCUGGUGGUGGCCCACGAGCUCGGGGAGGCCUUUGACAAAGCACAGGCCUACGGGGAGCUGGGCACCCUGCACAGCCAGCUGGGCAACUAUGAGCAGGCCAUCUCCUGCUUGGAGCGCCAGCUGGGCAUCGCCCGGGAGAUGAAGGACCAAGCCCUGGAGGGGAGCGCGGCCUGCGGCCUGGGCAGCGUCUACCAGCAGAUGGGGGAGUAUGACACGGCGCUGCAGUAUCACCAGCUGGACCUCCAGAUUGCCGAGGAGACGAACAACUCGGCCUGCCAGGGCCGGGCCUAUGGCAACCUGGGCCUGACCUAUGAGUCCCUGGGCACCUACGAGCGGGCGGUGGUCUACCAGGAGCAGCACCUGAGCAUUGCGGCCCAGAUGAACGACCUGGUGGCCAAGACCGCCUCUUACAGCAGCCUGGGCAGGACCCACCACGCCCUCCAGAACUACUCCCAGGCCGUCAUGUACCUGCAGGAAGGGCUGAGGCUAGCAGAGCAGCUGGGGCGCCGGGAGGACGAGGCCAGGAUCCGGCACGGCUUGGGCCUCUCUCUCUGGGCGAGUGGGAACCUGGAAGAGGCUCAGCAUCAGCUCUAUCGGGCAUCGGCACUCUUUGAGAGCAUCCGGCACGAGGCCCGGCUAAGCACGGACUACAAGCUGUCCCUCUUCGACCUGCAGACGUCCUCCUACCAGGCCCUGCAGCGGGUGUUAGUCAGUUUGGGGCAUCAUGAUGAAGCGCUGGCAGUGGCCGAGAGGGGCCGAACGAGGGCCUUUGCUGACCUGCUGGUUGAGCGCCAAACCGGGCAGCAGGAUGUGGACCCCUACUCCCCGGUGACGGUGGACCAGGUCCUGGAGACAGUGAACAGCCAGCGGGGGCUGGUCCUCUACUACUCGCUGGCUGCGGGAUACCUCUACAGCUGGCUCCUGGCUCCCGGGGCAGGGAUUUUAAAGUUCCACGAAUGCUACCUGGGCGAUGGCCUGGCGGAGACCUCAGGGGACUACCAAGAGAGCAGUGCCAGCCUUCAAACGGUCACCAGUUCGGCUCUGGAGCAGCUCAGCGCUAGUGUGCGGGAAGCCCUGGGGGUGGAUUCCUACUAUGCGCGCGCCUGUGCCAGCAGCGAGACUGAGAGCGAAGCGGGAGACCUCAUGGACCAGCAGUUUGAGGAGGUGAACAACAAGCUCACUUCAGCCACGGACCCCACCGGCUUCCUGCGGAUGGUCAGCAGGAACAACCUCUUCAACAGGAGCUGCCAGAGCAUGAGCAGCCUCUUCAGCGUCCCCAUGUCUCCGGCAAAGGAGCUGGCCACCUCCUCGCUGCCCCGGCGGUCCAGCUCCUUCAGCAAGCCCCCGCUGCGUGCCCUCUAUGACCUGCUGAUUGGACCCCUGGAAGGGGGUUUGAUGCACUCCAGUGGCCCAGUGGGCCGUCACCGGCAGCUCGUCCUGGUGCUGGAAGGGGAGCUCUACCUCAUCCCCUUUGCUCUCCUCAAGGGCAGUUCCUCCAACGAGUACCUCUAUGAGCGCUUCUGCCUCAUCGCUGUGCCCUCCAUCCGAGCCCUGAAUGCCAACACCAAGACCCAGGCCAAGAAGAACCUCUCUUCCUAUGGGAGUUCCCCCUCUAUGGCGGCUGUCAUCGGCAACCCCAAGUUGCCCCCCUCCGUGAUGGACCGGUGGCUGUGGGGGCCCAUGCCCUCGGCCGAGGAGGAGGCCUAUGCUGUGUCUGAGCUGCUUGGCUGCCAGCCCCUGGUGGGCAGCCUGGCGACCAAGGAGAGAGUGAUGAGUGCCCUGGCCCAGGCGGAGUGUGCCCACUUUGCCACCCACAUCUCUUGGAAGCUGGCAGCUCUGGUCCUGACACCCAACACCGAGGGUGUCGCCUCGGGGGCCGGUGCUGGCGGUGGCAAAGGCUCCUUGGGGAACUCGUACACCAUCCCAGAGUCUCUGCGUAUGCAGGACGAUGCCAGUGACGUGGAAAGCAUCUCGGACUGCCCACCUCUGCAGGAGUUCCUGCUCACAGCUGCUGAUGUGCUGGACCUUCGCCUGCCGGUCAAGCUGGUGGUCCUGGGCUCCUACCCUGAAUCCAACAGCAAGGUCACCGCCGACGGGCUGAUCGGGUUGACCCGGGCCUUCCUGGCAGCCGGAGCCCACUGCGUCCUGGUGUCUUUGUGGCCCGUGCCGGUGGCUGCCUCCAAGAUGUUUGUUCAUGCUUUCUAUGCCGCCCUGCUCAAUGGGCUCAAAGCCAGUGCCGCCCUGGGGGAGGCCAUGAGAACCGUACAGAGCAGCAAGACCUUCUCGCACCCCUCAAACUGGGCAGGCUUCACCCUGAUUGGGAGCGACGUGAAACUGAACAGCCCAUCAUCACUGAUUGGGCAAGCGCUGACAGACAUCCUACAGCAUCCGGAGCGGGCCCGCGAUGCCCUGCGAGUUCUCCUGCACUUGGUGGAAAAGUCCCUGCAGCGUAUCCACAGUGGGCAGCACAACUCCAUGUACACCUCCCAGCAGAGUGUGGAGAACAAGGUGGGGGGCAUUCCCGGCUGGCAGGCGCUGCUGACGGCAGUGGGCUUCCGCCUAGAUCCCCCGGCCAGUGGCCUUCCGGCGGCCGUCUUCUUCCCCACUGCGGACCCUGGAGACCGGUUGCAGCAGUGCAGCACCACUAUCCAGUCCUUGCUCGGUUUGCCCAACGCUGCUCUGCAGGCGCUUUGCAAGCUCAUCGCUGCCUCUGAAACUGGGGAACAACUCAUCAGCCGGGCUGUUAAAAAUAUGGUGGGAAUGCUCCAUCAGGUCUUGGUGCAGCUCCAGGUUGGAGAGAAGGAGCAAGACUUCUCUUUGGCCCCGAUCCAAGUGUCCAUUAGUGUCCAACUGUGGCGUCUGCCGGGGUGCCACGAGUUCCUGGCAGCUCUAGGCUUCGAUCUGUGUGAAGUUGGGCAGGAGGAGGUGAUCCUGAAGACAGGCAAGCAGGCCAGCCGCCGGACGAUGCACUUUGCCCUCCAGACCUUGCUGGCCCUUUUUGACUCCACAGAGCUGCCCAAACGGCUGAGUUUGGACAGCUCUUCCUCCCUCGAGUCGCUGGCCUCGGCUCAGUCGGCCUCCAAUCCUGGCCCGCUUGGCUAUCAGAACCCCCCGUUCUCCCCGACAUGUCCCGACAGCCUGGCUUCCGAUGCCAUCUCCGUGUACAGCCUCAGCUCCAUUGCCUCCUCGGUCAGCUUUGUCUCCAAGCCUGAGGGCCUGUCAGAAGCAGGCAGUUCCCGCGGGCGGCAGGACUUGGACAGGACCAAGAACCCCUCCUAUCUGCAGAGGUCUUGCGUGCCACACGGCCAGUUCUCGCCUCAGAGUGGCACUGGCCCAGGCAAGGAGGAGGAGGAGUAUGAAGGUUUCUCCAUUGUCAGCAACGAGCCACUGGCAACCUAUCACGAGAAUAGACGGAUGUGCUUUUCCCCCGACCAGAAAUCUUCCCGGACUCCUCAGGCUGGAGGACUGAAAGGUUCUGUCAGUUGCAAGGGGAGCAUCAGUUCCCCCAACUCCCCGGUCAAGAUGACGCUCAUUCCUAGCCCAAACUCCCCGUUCCAAAAGGUUGGGAGACUGGCAGGCUCAGACACUGGUGAAUCGGACCAAUCAAGUACCGAGACGGACAGCACCGUCAGGUCCCAGGAGGAAGAGAGCAACCUGAAGCUUGACCCUCAAGAGCUGGCCCAGAAGAUUCUGCAGGAGACGCAGAGCCACCUUCUAGCCGUCGAGCACCUCCAGCGUAGUGGGGGCGGUAGCCACCUCAGCAAGAGUGGCAGUUUGGACGGCGGAGCCGUGACACCCACUGGGUCGUCUUCCUUCCGAUCCUCUGAGACCAGCGCCUUCAGCCGGCCGCUGUGCUCGGUCUACAAAAGCCACCCUUCCCCGUCUCCCACCCCCCUGAAACCAAAACCUCCCACAAGAAGUUCCUCGCUGCAGAAAGUCAGCUCCGGCUACAGCAGCCCCACAGGCUCCUCCUCCGAGGGGCCUGCCAAGGAAGGCGCGAGCCCCCACAGCAGCCAGCCUUCCCCCAGUUCUGACUUUCACGGCUCGGGGCAAGAGCAGCCUCUCUUUCGGCUCAAGUACCCCAGCUCUCCCUACAGCACGCACAUUUCCAAAUCACCCCAGAACAUCUCCCCGAGCUCAGGGCACCAUUCUCCGGCGGGCAGCACCCCGUCCCCUGCCCUGUCCUACUCCUCUGCCAGUUCAUCCCGUUCCAGCCCCGCUGACGCCCCAACCCUCGACAAACUCAAGAUGGCGGCGAUUGACGAGAAGGUGCAGGCCAUCCACAACCUGAAGAUGUUCUGGCAGAGUGCCCCGCAACAUUCCACGGGUCCCCCAAAGGCCGCCGGCAACUCUGGAGGAAGAGGCCCCUCCAGGAGAGACGUCCUGAGCUUGCUGAACUUGUCCCCUCGGCACAGCAAGGAGGAAGGCCGUGACAGGCUGGAGUUGAAGGACCUGUCUUCUCCUCACCCCCCCUCUUCCCUGCAGAGGAACCCCCCCAAUGGACACAGGCGCCAGGGGGGAGCCCUGACUCCCUCCCCCUCCCCCCUCCCCAACAGCACACCAGGUUCUGGGCACCCUGUACGGAUGCCCUCUGGGAACGGUUACAAGUUCUUGUCGCCAGGGCGGUUCUUCCCGUCCUCCAAGUGCUGAAGUUUCUCUUGAACCACUCAUUUGUUGGAUGGUGUGAAGUUUCUGGGCCUUCUUCCUGCCCACCUGCCUGAAUGAUACAGAAUGUUGGAAGACACGCCGGGGAACUGGAGGUUUGUGUCCAGCAAAAUGCCUGGGCAGAAGCAGGCCGCCCUGUGGAUGUGUGGCAGCUCCCCUGCCCUGGGGUGCUGGAUGUGGGCAUUGAGGACAGGUGGGCUGGCAUGGGGGGGUGUCCCACCAGGAAAUGCACACAACUUGCCACGAGGAGAGGUACAAGCCAUUUUCUUGAUGCUUCCAGCAAGGGCUGUGGAGAAGGAGCAAUUUUAACAGCAGUGCUUCUCCUGGUAACCAGCCCACAAACUUGGUGGUUUUGUGGGCAGAGGGGGCUGAAGCUGGGGCUGCUUUCCUGGGGGUGCCUCAAGACAGCUGUUUCUGAGCUGGCUUCCUGGGACAGGGAGCGGGUUCUUGUUGCUGGAAAAGGGGAGACGGCAGGCUCCGUCUUUGGCAAAGGUGGGAGUGCCCUCUCCCCUGCCACUCUGUUCUUCUGUCCUGUAAAUGGAGGAGGGGUUGUUCAGGUGUAGAUAAGAUACCAAGCAUGUCUCCCUCUCACCUACCAGGUGGGUGGGGUUUGCAACAUCCUGCUCCCCCCUCCCCAGGGUUGAAGCCUGACUUCAGGCACCAAGUCCCAAGCACAAAAGCCAGCUCCCUCCCUCCCUCCUGCCUGCCUCAAAGCCAGAAGGUGUGUCUCUGUGCGGGAAGCUGCACUCCUUGCUGGCACGAGAAGUUAGAGGAGAGGCUGCCAUCCACUGGUGUGUCCUUCCCUUUCCUCACACCUUCAUUGUGCAGCUCGAGGGUGGGGAGGAGCAUCAAGGAGAGUGGAGGAUGAUCCAGUUAAGAGAGGAAUUCCUAGAGCAGCCCCACCUACCAUGGGCUUCAGGCCAGGAAAUGUAGCAGGAGCCCUUGAGGGAAAUGACUCCAGGAGCGCCUGGAGGGUGGGAGGGAAAGGGCUCUGCUCCUCUUCUCUAGACCUUCUGGGUUGCUCUACAGCUUUUGGCGGUCUCCCAUCUUCUCUGCCUUGGCCAGCACGAAAACCCUUUCCCUGCAACUCAUAGGCUCUCAGGAUUGCUUCAGAGUCACCUCCUGCGCCAGACGUGGAAAGAACCUCGUGCAGCAGCUCUGAGGCCUUUGCCAGGGGUUGCAGAACUGUUCUUGGGACUGGCUGCCAGUCCUUUUCUAGCCUAUGCAAAGUCACUCUGUAGACGACCAGGAGAGACGUCCAGGCUGGGCUGGGCCUCCACCCACGGCCCUCUUCUUCUACAGAGCUGCUGUGCUUCCUUCCUUACCACUGGAACCUACAUCAAUUGGUGCUUUCCAGGGCUGCUCCAGGUGCCAGUCUGUGGCUGCCUCUUUUCCUUGGCGAUGGCUCCCACUGUCCAGAAGGGAAGAAAGUGCUCCCAGCGCCUUUUCCUGUGGGGCACAGAAGUCUCUUCGGCUUUGCAUCACUUGUUUGUUAGAGCUUGUUGCCCUCCACACCCAUCUCCAUGCCUUCUUUGCCUUUCCAAGUGAGGGAAAUGAGAACUUGCCAGGUUUGUGGGCAAAUUCAGGAAGCCCCUUCCCCCUCCCCUCUGUCCCAACCUGUUUGUCAUCCUCAUUGUCGUUGUCUUUGUGCAUGUACGAGUGACAACACUGCUUCUCACAGUGAGCAAUAAGCGUUAGGUGUGAUGGCCUGCUCUCACCCAAGUUCUGUCACUUGCAGAUCCCCCUUUGGUUUGGCUUUGCCCUGCAAAACGUUUUUUUUCCCCCUGGAGACAAGCAGCCUUGAGCUGCCACAUGUCAGGCUGGCUAGAAACCACACCGCUGGGCUUUGCCUGCCUGCCUGCCUGCCUAGGGCCCUUGUUUCCGCAAGAGUCACACUGGGACACUGAAAAACAGGGAGAGGGCCCCUAAGGCCUGCCCUCCUCCCAGGUGCUUGUCUCCCUGGGGACCUGAAGAGUCACCCAUCUGCUCUGCCUCCAGCUCAAGCCAACUUGUGAGGUAGUGGGGCUUUGUUCACAGGAACGGGGAGAACCUUCUCGCCCCACCCAUUCAAAAACCACUCCUCUGCACUCUCCCUUCUUUAUGCAGCAUUUGCCGUGUUUGGCCUCUACGGACUUUUUUGUAAAUUAAAACUCAGUUUCCAGACAGCAUUAAACUUUUUUAUAUUAUGAGGUUUACCCUGUAAAAAGAAUUUCCUAUUUUUAUUGCAAUUGCUAAGGCAUUUGGCCUCUUCCUUUGUGAUUUCUGUGUCUAUUAAAGCAUGAAAUCUCUCA